AUUUAAAGAGUAAAAAAAAAAAUAUACCAAAUUUAUAUAAAAAAAUCACAUAACAAAUCUCAUCAAUCCACGAAAAAAAUUAGUUUCAGAUAUUACUCUAUUUGGUACAACUAUUAUUGAGGGGCCUAUAUGCCAUUUUGAGAUAUUGGCAUAUUAGCGACGGCCGAGGGACAUGAGGGUAACUUCCAUCCAGAGUAGACGCUGCCGGACGCUACCAUCAUUGAACCAAGCACGAGGUUUGAUUACUCAACGGGAAGCCCCGCGACGUGCGCCGUUCCUGCCCUAUAAGAUGCCGCCCGCCCGCCCGCCCGCCCGCCAUUAGGGCGAAAAAAAGGAGAGAGAGAAAUAAAAACGAACCGCCGAUCGAUGGAACCGGCGCUGGACCUGAGCCGCCUCCACCUCCACCGCGAGAACCGAUCGCAGCCGUCCGAUCCGUGCGCGCCCAACUCCUCGACCCUCACCGACGCCCCGGCCAAGCGCCGCAGAUCCGACGGCUCCGACUCCGCUGACGGGCGUAGCGUCGACACUCUCCCGUCCCGUACACCGUCAGAAGAUCCUGUUAGAUCGGACGGCGGAUCAAGCCCCCGUCUGCCGCUGGACGAGAACGACUCGGACGACAUGGUCCUGUACGGGAUCUUGAGGGAGGCGGUGGAGCCGCCGGUGAUGGCUCCGGCUCGACUUGCGCCGGUGGUUGAGGGCAGGAAGAGGAGGCGCUACCGCGGGGUGAGGGAGAGGCCGUGGGGGAAGUUCGCGGCGGAGAUCCGAGACUCGGCGCGCCGCGGCGCCAGGGUCUGGCUCGGAACCUUCGAGACGGCCGAGGAGGCGGCGCUGGCGUACGAUCGAGCCGCUUACAAGAUGCGCGGCUCGCGCGCUCUUCUCAACUUUCCGCUGGCCGGGGGAGCCGAGAGCAGCGGCGACGGCUCGAAUUCGGCUCGGUCCGGCUGACUGUUACCGGAUCCGUCCGCCGUGCCCAUGAAGCUGGUGAAUUAAGGGCUCCUUGUCCCCGCGUGGGGGGAAAUAAGGAGAGAGAGGGUUAGAGAGAGAGAGGUAAAAAAAAAAGAAGCAAAGAAAAGAAAAGAAAACGUCCUAUGCUAAUGUGAGAGAAAACACAAGCAUGUGCAGCUAGCUGUCCUCAAGUAGGUGGAUGGUGUAAAUACUACAUAUAUAUUAAACGGAUCAGAAGGCAUUACAAUGUGCUUAUUAUGCUAGCCAGCUAUACAUUUACAUUUCCUA